GUUCUGAGCAUCCAUAAGGGACUGCGAGGGAAGAGCCAGCUCUGCUGGCUGAAGUUCAAGGAGAGGCAGGGCCAUGCCUCCAGGGACCAGGCGAGGCAGCAGUGAUGUCUCUCCAGCCCUGGCCAGCUGCAUCCAAACCAUGUGCUCAGCUACGUAACAGGGUGUCCAGGAAGGAAUACAAGCCUCAGGCUGCAUCUGGGAAGCCAGGAUAUUUCCUGUUGCAAAGGUGUCUGUCCUACUCUCGGAGGAGAUGUGUCUGGAGCAGUGCCAGAGGCCGGAGCAGCACUUAUGCCACCCACAGUGCCCCCGAUGUCCCCAGAGAGAGGACGCAGGUCCCACACACCUGGCUGCUCCCCAUGGGACAGUCCAUGUUCCCGCAGUGUAGGUGGGCUCCGACCAGCAAGUUCAGAGGUACCACCUACACCGUGCAGCAUCUGCAAGAAGAAAACUCUCGUAGAUCGGACACUUCCCAGCCUCUCUCUGCUCGCUGGAAAAGAACGAACCAGCUGGAUGCUGGCACCGGGGCAGUCUGGGCACGCCGGGGCUCCUGGACAGAGCCUGGCAGGAGGGAGCUGCUGGAAGUGGUGGCGAUGGAUCCACACUUGAGGAGCGUGCUCCUGUCCUGCAGACGGAGCAGGAAGCUCCCAGCGGAGAUCCGAGAGCAGAAAGCAAUGGCCCAAGCGCUGGCCGGAGGAGGGUUCAGGCUCCGACCCGCCCCGGAGGCGGCAGCAGCAGAGCCUCCCUCUCCUUGGCCCCGCUCCAGGGCUGCCAGCUCAAAGGCACGAUUGUCUGCCGGCACCAGAUGUGCCGCUUCGGGCGGCGGCACAGAGGAGCUUUUCCGCUCUUCUCAAUGACAGAUCUGUGCCAUUCCAGUCGGGAAGGUCCUGCUGGCCCGGCCCUUCCCAGAUCCCCGGCAGCCGGGAACCCGCCGGACGCGAGUGGCCUUUCUCGAUUCCGCUGGAAAUGCCAAAAAGGAGUCGGACGCCGUCAUCCCGAGGGCUCUGCAGCGGGGGAGUGAAGCUGGGGCAGGGGGAGUGGAGGCCUGAAAACAGCUGGAAAUUACUCCCCAGAGAAAAACUGAGUUUGGCUGUGCAGGGCAAAGAGGCAUCUGCUGGGCAGGAAAUUCCCUCUUUGUCGUGAGGACUUAGCUGGCAUCUUUGCUGGGUGCUAGAGAGCAGAGAGCACAGCAGCAGAAGGGAUUUGGGGGCUAGUUUGUGUGGUGUACAGCCAGCCCCAUCCUGCUCUGCAGGGUGAAGGCUUGAGAUGGAAAUCGGUGAGUGAAGUUGAGACCACAUCACCCACCAGGUGAUGGCUACAUCCUUGUCCUGAUGCAGGCCAGUGUCCCUUUCUAUCACCAG